AACGAACCGCCCUCACCGGGGCCUUCGCAACUGCCGCCCAUCCCCGCAAGCCCGACUUAUUCGUAUGCCUCGACCGCGAACCCACUCUCCCAAUACAACCUUCCCCCGCCUCCCCCGCCGCGCCCGCCGCAUGCCGUCCUGACGAAAGCCGACCUCGCGAAUUCCCAGGCCGCCUACGCAGACCUUCUCUCCAGUGCCAAGGCUUACCGCCUCGCCCUCGCCGCCCUCUCGACCGCCGCCUCCACGUUCGGCUCGGCCCUCGAGUCCUGCGCGCGCCUGAAAGAAGCCCGCGCCGAACUGACCACCACAAACACAAGCGGCGCGGCCGCCGGCGGGAACCCCCCUCCGCUCAGCCUCAACAACAACAACAACAACAACAGCUUCGGCACCAACCCGCGCGGCAGCUGCACCGCCGACACCCUCCUGGCCGCCGCCGGCCUGCAGCACCUGGUCGCCAACCACCAGCACAUCCUCUCGGAGACGGUCUACCGCGCCUUCGAGGUGCCGCUCCUGCAGGACCUGGACAGGUGGCGGGCGGCGGUGGAGGACGAGGAGGAGCGGUACGCGCGCGCGGUCGAGGCGCAGAGCCGGGAGAUCCGGCGGCUCGAGAAGGACGGGGUCAAGAUGAUGAACCGGCAGCGCAGGAGGGACGUCGGCCAGCUGAGGGGCCACCUGGUCGCCCUGACCGCCCGGCUGGACGGGCUCACGGUCCUGCACGGCGAGCACGCCGGCGUCCUGCUGCGCGAGAGCCAGGAGGCGAGCGGCCGCAUCGUCGAGGCCAGCUGCAGCCUCGUGCGGGCCGAGGUCGAGAUCUUUGAGAGCCUGGCGCGCAAGGGCUGGUCCGGCGGCGGGCUCGAGGACCUGCUGGAGCGGGGCGUCGACCUGUUCGCCGCCGACGAGGACGCCGCCAUCGGCUCGCUCUCGGGCAAGGGAGGCCUGUUCAGCAUCUUGCCACCCAAGAGCAUAUUGGCGGACAUGUCGGGCGCGGACACGACGCAAGGCGGGGGAAAGACUUCGAGGUCGGAUAGUCUACUGGGGGACCCGGACCGGUACCAGAGCCUGGCCGAGGCGGUGACCACCUCGGACCCCCCGGCGAGGGGGAGAGACCGGGAUGCUGACAGCAACAGCAUAUUUUCCGAGUUCAACCGGUCGAGGAACGUGCGACCGUUCUCGCCGCAGCCGCAGCCGCUGAGGCUGAAUCCGGAGGACCUG